AUGCAGUUCUCCAUCACCGCCGUUCUCUUUGGCCUUGUUGCCCUCUCUGCCGCUGCCAUUACCGAUGUUGAAGGCGUCCGCAACACCCCCCGCGCCGAGAUCGACACUCGCCAGGCAGCCAACGGCGCAUGCUGUAUCCCCAACAAAUCUCUGAAGCAGGAUGGCUGCACGGUCGACGGAUCCGCUGGCAAGUGUGUUCCUGGAGGCCCAGCUGCAUGCAGCGGUGCUCUGAACUGUGUUGCAACCAGCCAAUUGGUGUGCGACAAUGCGGUCAAGGAGCGCUCCGGCGUUCUGUGCCGCUUCAAGGCGGCCGAUGGCAAAAUCCAGGACGGUGCCAAACAGAUUACCAGUCUGUCCCAGGCAAAGGUCAACUAA